UAAAACGCCGUGGAAACCGGAGUUUGUUUAUCGGCAAAAUAAAAGUCAUUCCGCGAGAAUAUUGAGCUGUGAAGGCAUACAUAUUGAUACCGUCGGUUGUUACAUUCAAUAAAUAAUCCGUAGAAAUGAAAAUCGAGGAGGUGAAAAGCACCGUGAAAACGCAGCGGAUUGCUGCUCACAGCCAUGUCAAAGGGCUUGGGUUGGACGAGAACGGAAUUCCUCUUCAGAUAGCUGCCGGUUUGGUUGGUCAGAAGGAUGCACGUGAGGCGGCCGGCAUCGUGGUGGAUCUGAUUAAAUCGAAGAAAAUGUCCGGAAGAGCGCUAUUAUUGGCAGGUCCGCCGGGGACCGGAAAGACGGCUAUUGCACUAGCCAUUGCUCAAGAAUUGGGUAACAAAGUUCCAUUUUGUCCAAUGGUAGGUUCUGAAGUGUUCAGCAGCGAAAUCAAGAAAACCGAAGUGUUGAUGGAGAACUUCCGCCGCUCUAUCGGCUUGCGCAUUCGAGAAACGAAGGAAGUAUACGAAGGAGAAGUUACCGAAUUGACACCCGUUGAAACCGAAAACCCUAUGGGAGGCUAUGGGAAAACGAUUAGUAACGUCGUAAUUGGCUUAAAAACGGCUAAAGGUACCAAACAACUUAAACUAGAUCCCAGCAUCUACGAGUCAUUACAGAAGGAGAAGGUAGAAGUGGGUGAUGUUAUCUACAUUGAAGCAAAUAGUGGUGCAGUCAAGAGACAGGGCAGAAGUGACACAUUUGCUACUGAAUUUGAUCUUGAAACGGAAGAAUAUGUUCCACUUCCAAAAGGUGAUGUUCACAAAAAGAAGGAGGUUGUCCAGGAUGUUACGCUUCAUGACUUGGAUGUAGCUAAUGCUCGGCCUCAAGGCGGUCAGGAUGUCCUUUCAAUGGUUGGUCAAAUAAUGAAGCCGAAAAAGACUGAAAUUACAGACAAACUACGUAUGGAGAUCAAUAAAGUUGUCAACAAGUACAUUGACCAGGGGAUCGCCGAGUUAGUUCCGGGUGUUUUGUUCAUCGACGAAGUUCAUAUGCUUGAUCUGGAGUGUUUCACCUAUUUGCAUAAAUCGUUAGAAUCAGCUAUCGCACCGAUUGUCAUAUUCGCAACAAACAGAGGACGCUGCGUGAUUCGUGGAACUGAUGACAUUAUUUCACCUCACGGGAUUCCGCUUGAUUUGCUGGAUCGUCUCCUGAUUGUUCGCACCGCCCCUUACAAUCUAUCCGAAAUCGAGCAAAUCGUCAGAUUGCGAGCCCAGACAGAAGGUCUCAAUGUGGAGGACACGGCCAUUCAAGCAUUAAGCGAAAUUGGAGAUAAUACCACGUUGCGCUACGCUGUGCAGCUCUUAACGCCUGCUCAUCAAAAUUGUAAGGUAAAUGGACGAACGCAAAUAACCAAAGAUGAUAUUAUGGAUGUCAAGUCGUUGUUUUUGGAUGCUAAGCGUUCGGCUAAGUACUUGCAGGAGGAAAACACUAAAUAUAUGAUGUAAGGAUUAUUUGCGUCACAUUAGUGGACGAUAUUCCCUAUAUAAUUCAUGAAUAAUAAUACAUACACUUGGAUGAAACCAA